AUGGCAGUUCCUGCCACCGCUCAUGCUGUUGCGGAUGCCGCCGCAGACGCAGCCGCUUCAGAAGAUCCGCCUUCAUCAGAUCCUUACCCUCAUCCUCCCUCAUUAUCUUCAACGACUACUUUCCAAUCCCUCCCGCCAGAAAUUCACGCCGCUAUUGCCGCAUAUCUCCCGGCUUCAGAUUCUCGAACGUUAUCGCACACCGGCCCUGUGCUACUAACUAUAUAUCGCCGGCUUUCAUUUCGUAGGUGCAAAGUGGCUCUGGAAGAACAAGUAUAUCAUGAUGCAAACUACCGCGUCAUAGCACUAGAUGUGUUUCUUUGUCCGCGCAAGUACUCAUGGUUUGCACCAGAUGCUGUGUACGAUUUACGCAUUUUGAAUGAUGGUGCAAAUAAGUCUGAAACUGCCUGGCAGCGGUUUCUUGGGACUGGGUGUUUGGAUCGCACAUUGUAUCCUUCAGUCAAAGUUUUUCGCUUAGCCUAUUCGAUUGAUCGUUAUGAUCUUGACAGAGUGGUCAAUUCAAAUUUAUUUCAGUCGUUACGCAAAGAUAUCAUGGCUCGACCGCAUUGUGCGCUGGUCCAUUCCCCAAUGAAAUCGUUUGUCAACUCAUACCCUUCGCGAUUUACUGACUCUUGCAUUGAUUACACGUACUACGAUGAUCUUGUGACAAAGAAGGCUAUUAUUCAAAGAAAACAAUUGUCUAAUAAUUGGCCAAUACGGCAACAAGAUGUUAAGCAAAUGAAUAAUGGGAUAGCACAACAUCAACAGUUGCAAAAAUAUCCAAAUUCACAAUCGUUGCGGCAAUUAAAAGAAAAUGAGUGGGAAGAUAAGCAAAAUUCCAAAUACAAGGAGCAAACACCCGCUGUCUCACUAGAAAUCUUACUUGCGGUUUACUUAUUUAGCCCAGAAACACCUAUUCCCCUACUCAAUAAUCCCGACUACUUUCGAAUGCUCAGCGACCUUAAGCUUAUAGGUAUCGGGUUUUCUGUCAAUGGGAUGCCUACAGAGUUGACAUUCCCUCGUCUCGAGCGCCUUUCUGUAUGCCAUUCUUCCUCUUCUUUUCUUUCGCUUCUUGUGGAUGCCGCUUCCCGCGCUCCCAAGUUACAUUCUUUUGUGUGUGAGCUUGCUGUCCAUGUCAAGUUCACGGGUGAAAUGGGUAAUAUUGUUGGAGGAGCUCCUACCAUCACUUCAGCAAAUCAGAUUAUACCCGGUGGCAGAGAAUCAGGUGGCAUGCGCAUGCACGGAACUAUUUAUGCGCAGAAAGUGAUUCGACUCUUCGACAAAAUUCCCCACGACAUUCCGUUGUUCUCGGUCUCACUUGUUCACCAGGAAGACUCAGACAGUAUAUCGCUUGGGUCCUGGAACGAUGUUUGGCCCUCAAUCACCACUCUAACCAAUAACAUUAAUUCAUCCACCGGUGACAACAAUAAUCGCCACCCGAACCACUUUCUCCAUACUAAUUCAGUUACCUCAGAACUCACAAUUCACAGCAUUACACGAGUUAACUCGUACAUACCAGACCUCGAUGUUGGCCUUUUUACGCGCCUGGUGCGCCUGCCACGGCUAUCAACAUACUAUAUGCCACAAUUUGGCAAUUCUCAUCUCAUCUAUCCACCUGCGGAUUUCGGUGGAAUGGGAGCAACGCUUGCUGUUGUGACAUUGGACUUUUCGCACGUGUCGCUAUGUGGGUUUGGCCCACAACUGUUUGACUUGCUAUGUGCAUUACCUCGCGACCUCGUGAAGCUCCAGAAAUUGUUUCUAGCGUUUGGUUCAAAUAUUAGCAACGGACGGAACAAGAACCCAGUGGAAGCCAAGGAGCUGUUCCAAACAGAUUUGGCAGAGUUUCUAGAAGAUUGUAUUCUGGAUCGCUAUAGACAGAAACAGCAGUGUCAGAAUAGCGGUGCGGGCGCUGGUUUCAAUUUGAAUAGUGAAGACACUAUGAACCUGGAUGGAUCAGUGUCGGAGGAAAGCAUAGCAGCCAUGAGUUUCAAACUGCGAAACGAGUACCCGCGGCUAGUACACGCACUAUACAAGCUGCGCCUAAAUAUCCAGCGCAAUACCCUGAUAGAUGGUGGAUGGCAUGAUGAGUUAGGUGACCGUUACGAGGCAUAUGGAGAAAGUGACUACGAUGACGAUUAUGACGAUUAUGACGAUGAUGACGAUGAUAACGAUGAAAAUGAUGAUGACAAUGAAAAUGAUGAUGACAAUGAUGAUGAAUACAAUGAGUCCAUUAUAAUUGAUAGCAGGAGAAACAGUACCCGUCAAACAGGAACCUCGGAUGAGGGUGAGGGUGACGAUAGGUAUAUCGUUGCACGAAGUAUGUCGGAUGUUGCAAGUGCAAUUAUGCAUAAGCCAGCAUCACCACAACGACAUGCACACCCCGUUCCUAGCACUGCUUAUAUGCAAUCAAUAGCUGAGUUUUUGAUAAUGAUGAUUUCAAAUCCUAUGAAAUGUUUCCGAGAGUUUCAGCAUUGCUGGAAGGCCCACGGAACGCCAGAAGAGGUAGAAGGUGUGGGUACAGAAACAGCUACGUUAAAUGAUGACGGCACUGUCAAUACAAUCAUGGGCACCAACGGGAAUUCAAUUGAAACUUCUGAAUAUGGAGAUGCUGGUCGGCGAUUACUGUUGGGUGUGUGUUUUAGGGAAUCUGUGAUGCAAAUUUUAUGCAGUAUGCCACAGCUGCAGUUUGUACUAGUUUCAAUGACAGGAGCAGAAGGUGUAUACCCUUCGGUCUGGUUGCAACGAUUAUUGAACGAGUUUCGGUGCCAGUCUGGGAACAUAGACAGUAAGGAGCCCCCAAAGCCUGUUAUUGUUCCAAGUGGUAGGCAGCUCAAGCAGGUGCUGUUUUCAUACACCGUGAUACUUCCUCCGCUUGGCAAAAAAGGGGCUGAUGGUGGUAAUGGGAGUGAGUCCAAUAAUAAUGGAGAUGAUGAGAGUGAAGAUCAAGAUCAAGAUGAGGAUGAAGAUCAAGAUCAAGAUCAAGAUCAAGAUGAGGAUGAAGAUCAAGAUCAAGAUCAAGAUCAAGAUCAAGAUGAAGAAACAAAUUUGGAAUAUGAGCAAGAUUGUGUAGAUUAUUGGAUUUCAAACGCGUAUGGAAUGCUUCCCAAAGAACCGUGGUUAAUCAAGACAGUGACAAACUAUGGUGGAGAAUCACCAACAGCCCGUCGGCGCAGGACCUUUCGGUUUAUGUACGACGUAUACAUGCAACGGCGGUUUAUUCCAGAGGCGAUUUAUGAGGAAACUGAUUUUUAUAGGCAGGAAUUUGAAGGGUGGAUUUAA